AUGCAACGACCCUACCGAUCCGUGUUGCGUUGGCGGAAGCAUUUCUCCGUGCUGUGGAAGCAGUGACCCGUGCUGUGGAAGUAGUGAUCCGUGCUGUAAUAGCAAUGAUCCUUGCUGUAAUAGUACUGAUCCGUGCUGCGGAAGUAGUGAUCCGUGCUGUAAUAGCAAUGAUCCGUGCUGUGGAAGUAGUGACCCGUGCUGUGGAAACAGUGAUCCGUGUUGUAAUAGUAUUGAUCCCUGCUGUGGAAGUAGUGACCCAUGCUGUGGAAGCAGUGAUCCGUGCUGCGGAAGUAGUGAUCCGUGCUGUGGAAGCAGUGAUCCGUGCUGUGGAAGCAGUGAUCCGUGUUGUAAUAGUACUGAUCCCUGCUGUGGAAGUAGUGAUCCGUGCUGCGGAAGUAGUGAUCCGUGCUGUGGAAGUAGUGAUCCGUGCUGCGGAAGUAGUGAUCCGUGCUGUAAUAGCAAUGAUCCGUGCUGUGGAAGUAGUGACCCCUGCUGUGGAAGUAGUGAUCCGUGUUGUGGAAGUAGUGAUCCGUGUUGUAAUAGUACUGAUCCCUGCUGUGGAAGUGGUGAUCCGUGCUGUGGAAGUGGUGAUCCGUGCUGUGGAAGUGAAAGUGGUUCCAUCUAAGCACGACACGAACGUCUUGGAGCAGGAAGCAUGCAAAGCAGUCUGA